UUAUUUUGGGGCGGUUGGUUUUCCUCCUCUGUCAGGACCGAGGGAGGGAGUUUGUCUCUGUUGUGAGAGCUAGCAUGUAGUCGCCUUCUUUUUUUUUUUUUUUUAGAUUUUUGCAAUAUGAAGAAUGGAAGAAGACGAUGUUUAUAUCAGAGAGCAGAAUUUCCACAGCCAAGUUCGAGAGUACAUCAUUUGCUUCCUCCUGUUUGCAGUCCUCUACAUUGUGUCCUACUGCAUCAUAACAAGAUACAAGAAGAAGAGCGACGACCAUGAAGAUGAAGAUGCUGUUGUCAAUAGAAUAUCAUUGUACUUGUGCACCUUCACCCUGGCAGUGUCGGGUGGUGCCGUCUUCCUACUGCCUUUCUCAAUCAUUAGUAACGAGAUCCUCCUCUCCUUCCCCAAAAACUAUUACAUUCAGUGGCUCAAUGGCUCCCUCAUUCACGGUUUGUGGAACCUGGUGUCACUGUUCUCCAACCUUUGCCUCUUUGUCCUGAUGCCCUUUGCCUAUUUCUUCUUGGAAUCUGAGGGAUUUGCAGGAUCAAAGAAGGGCAUUAAGGCACGUAUUUUGGAGACCUUUGUGAUGCUCUUUUUGCUGGCUCUGCUAAUCCUGGGCAUUGUGUGGGUGGCCUCAGCGCUCAUUGACAAUGAUGCAGCCAGCAUGGAGUCGCUCUAUGAUCUUUGGGAAUUUUACCUACCAUACCUCUACUCCUGCAUAUCUCUGAUGGGAGGACUGCUUUUACUCAUGUGUACUCCUGUGGGAUUGUCCAGGAUGUUCACUGUCAUGGGCCAGUUACUAGUGAAGCCAACAAUCCUGGAGGACCUGGAUGAGCAGAUUUACUGCAUCCAUUUGCAGGAGGAAGCCCUUCAGAGGAGAUUAAACGGAGCAUCUACUUACACUUACACUCGAGGAAGCUUUGCUCACCAGCUCAUCAAAGAACUGGACAAUAUCAGGAAUCAGAGGAAUAAAUUGGAGAGAAGAAAGAAAGCAUCAGGUUGGGAGAAGAACUUGCUGUAUCCCAUAGUGAUGCUGAUCCUGCUCUCAGGAACGACAAUCUCUGUUCUUAUGGUGGCAUUUAAUAUCCUCUACCUUCUGGUGGAUGAGACUGCCAUGCCCAAGGGAUCCACAGAUCGAGGCAUUGGGAACACCUCUCUUUCCACAUUUGGCGUGGCUCAGGCAGCGCUAGAGAUCAUCCUCAUGUUCUACUUGAUGGUGUCCUCUGUCGUCGGCUUCUACAGCCUGCGAGUCUUUGAGAUCCUCACGCCCAGGAAGGAUGACACGACCAUGACAACGAUCAUUGGUUGCUGUGUGUCCAUCUUGGUCCUGAGUUCAGCCCUGCCGGUGAUGUCCAGAACUCUGGGUAUCACCAGGUUUGAUCUCUUGGGAGACUUUGGGAGAUUUAAUUGGCUGGGAAACUUUUACAUCGUCCUUUCAUACAACCUGCUGUUCGCCGUCGUGACAACACUCUGCCUUGUGAGGACGUUCACCUCAGCGAUAAGGGAGGAGCUUCUAAAGGCCCUUGGUCUGGAUAAAUUGCAACUGUCAAACAGCCCCACAGACCCUGAAUCCGGGAAGCUCUCGGCCAAUGGGCAUCAGAAAACUCUGUGAAAGGGACGAUAGAUCAGCACACACACACAUGCACGUCUCCACACACCUUAGCACAGCCAAAGGGAGAUUUCGACAGUACCGCCUGACUGCUGAAAGGUGAAAGGGAUUGGAAGGAACUUAAUAAACCCGGGCAGCGUCUGCCGGAUGCUGCAAAUGGAGGGCCGAGAGCAAUUUAGCUUCGUGACAUUCCAUCCUCUGCGUCUGGGAUGGAGGCUGGGACAGAGCCAGGGAUGAAGCCUGGCAUCACUGCAGUGACCUUGAUGUUGACCUCAAACGUUGACUGUGACAUUAAACCACCCAUCUCUUGCUUCAGGGUGCGCUCUCCCACCCCCCCCAGCUUUACUUCCUGUUUCUUUGACAGAAGCUGGUGAAACGAUUCUCUUCUACGUCCUGCUCUUCCUCUCCACGCAGCACAGACUAUUCCGUUAAGACUUGUUUUUAAACGUCCAGCUACAGUUCUGAUUGUGAUGUGAACUGAGACAGGAAUGAUGAUUUGUUGAAGCUUAAAAAAUGUGGAAACAAAAAAUGCUCAUGAAGCAUGAAAGUCAUUUAUUCACGUCUGCAAUACAACUCACUCGAUAUGCAUUAACGCCGUUGUUCCCGACCGGCCUCACACUUUAAACACUCGUGCUGUCGUCUGUCUUUUGAUUUGGCUUUACUCAAGUGCGCUUUAACUUAAUCGAUGAUGUCAUUCGAUUGUACGGAGUACGAUAAGAACUUUUUUUAGGUGCUCGAGAUUAGAGUAGAGCUACUCUCCAAAUGGGGAAACCACGAGGAAGUCAGGUCCACCUCACGUCCACUUUUAGAAGCUGGGCUGCAGCUGGAGCUGAUCCUGUGCUCCUAAACUUUAAUUAUGCACAUGGUGAGGAAAUGUCAUCACGUUUUGCUUACCACCCCCCCCCCAAUAAAACCCCCAUCUAUUUUAAAUUCCCAAGGCGCUGAAGAACUGGUCAAAUGUUGUCUUCUUGUAAAUGUUGUAUCUACAUGUAAAUAAUGUGUUUCAUACCUCUUUUGCAUUAUUUGGGUGUAAAUUAUGGGACCCUCCUGGAGCCCUCUGAGGGUCUGACUCACUAAGCUAUCUGAAUUUUGUUGUACAUAUUUUUGGAAGUGGAAUGCAAACGUGGAAGUCUUCACAUGCAGAAUGAAUGAUUGACAAACUUUGUUAAGACUCAGUGACUCAGGCCCCGUGUGCGUGUUGUCGUGUUGCUGCAUCCUUCUUUGUCUCUAGAACCACCUUAAUGCCUUAUAUGACAAGCGUCUCGCAGGCUCCAUGUUAGGGUCGUCUUUGUACCUGUGUGUGUCUGUGUCUGUGUGUGUGUGUGUCUGUGUGUGUAGACAGUUCCACUGUGAUCUCCCGUACACCACAAGUUCUCAUCUAAAGCCAGCUGGUCAAACAUACACAAUGAAUGUUGUCACAGUAUCUCUUAUCUGGUGAGAGGAUCCGUUAUGAGACGCGUUCAUUAGCCUGAGUUAGCUAAUGCUAAUGCUGUUAAUUGUAUGGUGUAAUUGGUGUCGUGUGUUUUAAUGGGGGCUAAAGUGACGGGAACGAAAAAGGAAGUAAGGAAACUGAUGACAUUUUUGUUUGCAUUUUGAAUUUCUUAGGACAGGGACAGUUGUACUACAGAGCGUUCUGCCGUUGACUGGACUUUGUAAACAACGUGCUGCUCUCAAUCACACGUCUUUUUUUGAAGGCGUUUUCUCAGAUACCACAAAAAUGUCAUUCCCCACUGUCUCUAAAAUAAAUGCAUAAAAGACCCAAAAAUAAACCUUUAGAAAUAUAUACAUAAAAGCACUGGUUGUGUUUGGAAAUAAUUAAAAACACGUCUCCUAUUGACGCCCCAAACAAAGGUAACGUCAUUUCAUAGACUGAAGUCAAAAAAAGCCCGUGCUGUUAAUUGAAUUUUUCCGGUAAACAAAUCAGAGCAGGGAAUGUCUCGUAAAGGGCGAAUCAAACCGGUAACCAUCCCUAAAACACCGGACGACCGUGCUUCUAUUUUUGUCAUUUCAAAGGAGACUUUUUUUUUUCCACAUUAACUGGAUUUUCUUGUCUGUCGUGUUCAAUUCCAUUUGUUUUUGUUCGUUUCCUGUUUCUGCAGCUAUUUUAGUGACAUUUAAGACUGUGAAAUCUAAAGAUAGCCUCAAAGUGAUAUGGACGACCAAAAGAGGAACUUUUUAAAUUGGCUAAUAAGAUCUUAAACUGUUGAAAGUAUCAUUUUUAGACUUUUAUCUUAAUGAGCUCAAUUAACCCCCAACAGCUUUGGUGGAUUUUUCUACCAGCUCCUUCGUACUUAGCAGGAAAACCACACCGCUGAUAGAACUUCAGAGCCACACUCCCCGCAGCAGGCCCAGCGGCCCGUGUGGUUGUCUCCUCAGUCCGUCUCUGUGUUGGGGGACUUUGAGAGUUGGCCUGUGCUGUAAGUGAAGCAGCUUUUUUUUUCUGUCUGUUGGUCUCUGCAUGUCAUUUUUUGGUACAUGUUUUGUGAAUGUAUUUAAUUUUUUACGAUUUCUCAGUUUGCUAAAUGUACGUUUCAUUAUUUCUGAUGUUUUGUGUGUUCGCAAAUAAAAGUAGAGAAACUCC